AUGCCAGACCCCCGUCCUCUGCUGACAUCACAUCCUAUCCCGGAGCAAGAGACAAGACGAAACGUACAAAGUCCGUCGGACCUUCCCCGGGCCGGUCGCCCUCCUCUCCAGCUGUCCAGAGCGGAGUCGGACCAGGACACGCCCCCUCGCCCCUCUCCCGCAGCGCUGGGCUUGCAGUCAGGGAGACCUGCCCAGCUGCGUGACCCUGUGCCCGAGGCUCAGUGUCCCCUUCUGCCGGCCUCCCGGGAUGGGCCCCCUGCUCCGGGAAGAAGGCUCAGAAGCGCAGCUCCACGCGGGGGAGCGCGUGCCACCCGGCCCCGCCCCCAACACGCUUCCUCCGGCCUGGCCCCGCCCACUGCGCGCCCCAGAGGGGCGGAGUGGGAGAGCGAGAGGGGCGCGCGUCCGCGUCGCCCGCACCCAGUGCGCGCCUGUUGUUCCCCGAGCUCCCGCCCGCCCCCGAAUCGAAGCCUCUCCUCUCAUUGGCCGUCAGGGCGGCCGCCCCGUCUGGCUUGGCCAAUGGAAAUGCUCGAAGCCUGUGAGUGGCUGGAGAGGGCGGGGCGAAAACACGUGCUACGUUGCCUUCCCCAUCCCGCUUAUUGA